GGAAAUGAACAAAACACUACCGCAGUCAACUACAUGUUGAACAGCUAAAAUUGCCAUGAAGGGACUUUACUGCAAACCAGGAGACCAGGGUGAUGUGAAGUUUGUCCUACAGGAGACAAAUGUACCCACUAACCUUGGCAGCCAUCAGGUCAAAGUUCAAGUGAAAAGCUGUGCACUAAGUCCAGUUGAUUUUAAGCUGUACGAGGACCUCAAGUUUGAGAAAGAACAUGUCCCAGUUGGAAGGGAGAUCGCUGGGGUUGUUCUUCAAGUUGGACCCAAAGUUACCUUUUUCCAGCCAGAUGAUGAGGUUGUUGGGAUUCUUCCAUUGGAUGCUGAACAGCCUGGCCUUUGCUCCAUUGUGGUUACUGAUGAAUAUAAUUUAGUUCAGAAGCCUGAGAAAGUGAGCUGGGUUGAAGCAGCAGCAGUAAUUAAAGACGGUCUCAGGGCUUACACUGCUCUCCACACUCUGGCUCGGAUGGCUGCGGGUCAGACUGUACUGGUGCUGGAUGGGGCUGGUCCCUUUGGAGUUCUGGCCAUUCAGCUCGCCCACUAUCACGGUGUGAAAGUCCUGGCUACAGCAUCGUCUCCGGAGGACCAGAAGUUUUUGGAAGAGCUCCGGCCGAGUGUGGGUGUGCAGGAAUCACUUUUGGCUCGAGUGAUCAGAGUGUGGGACUCAAAGCAGGAUUUGGUGGACUCGUGCCUUGAAGAAACCGGAGGUCUUGGAGUGGACAUCAUCAUUGAUUCAGGAGUGAGACUCUAUGAGGAGAAGCCAGAAGCGCAGAGGCAUUGCCCACAUAAACAUGACUUAACAGCAUUGAUUUUUACACUUUUACAUUAUACAUUUAAUACAAUCAAUUUUAUCCUCUUUUCAAAGCUGGACCCUCCUGACAGCCACAUUCUCUUCCUGAAGGCAGCAUCGCUCUUGUUCCUUAACGACGAGGUGUGGACAACAUCCCGGGCCAAGCAGGGCCGAUAUCUUCAUAUCCUGAAAGAUGUGAUGGAUAAACUCUGCACAGGGACCUUCAGGCCGCAAUUGGUGGACCCUGUGCCUUUAUAUGAAGCUACGGUCUCCAUGGAGAUGGUACAGAGAAAGCAAGCGAGGAAAAGAAUAGCUGUCAAGCUUUGAAGAGGGCUCAAAAUAUUUUUGCCAUAAUUCUGUAAAUUUUAGUUGUUAUAAAUCUCAUGUUUUUGUCAAUUGCACUUUCAAUGGAUUGCUGGUAUUUAAAAACAUUAAAAUUCUUUAACUGGAAAUCAGGCUCAUUCCAAAAAGCAUGUAUCACAAAGCAAAAACUAUUUACAUUAUACAAAAAAGUGUGUGUAUAUAUAAACUUUUGAAAUUAUUUACAUAAAAACAUUUUUCUUAGAAACUUUGGCCUAGUUAUGACAUACUGUAUAUGGGAUUUUCCCUUGUCAAGCAUUCCCAAUGGAUUAUUAACAGCACCAUCUGAUCCCAUUUCUUUUGCCUAUUAAUAUGGGCAGCUCUGUAUGGAAAAUGACUGGAUAAUGCUGACCUAGAAUUCGGCAUCAUUGUUCAGAGGUAUGCAUUUGAUUAUCAGUAGUCUCCUACCAGAAACACAGCAUGUAGCUCAUUUGCUUUCAAUAGAAGAUUAGUGUUUGUUAAGAUCUCAUUGUCUUAAAUGUCCCCUCAUCUUCCUGUCCACCAUUCUUAAACUGUCACAGCUUUCUAGGAGAAAAACAAAUUGUUGAAGCUCAGAAAUCCCACACUGUGGGGCAUAUAAGGAUAUCUAAAGAUUGUUCACCUAAAAAUGACAAUUCUGUCAUCAUUUACUCACCCUCAUGUCGUUCCAAACCUGUAUGAUAUUAUUUCAGGGAACACAAAAGUAGAUGUUAAUAAAAAGUUCAUGCUAUUGAGAGGGGAUAUGGGUAAGGUUAGGGGCAGGUUUGGUGCUACGUGUGUCCCUGUAAGUUUUUCCAUCUAAUAUUUAUUUAUUUAAGCUUUAUUUCAAAUAAAUGAAAAUGAUUUUGAACAG